AUGAAGCUCGAACACACACGCUUCGGCGCGCUGCGCGAGAAAUCGCGUUGGCUUGGCCGCAAGAGCGAUCGUACACGGAUCCAAGCCUCUUCUGCUGUCACCUGUGAUGGCAGUUUCGCCUCACCCAAGGUUGCCCACUUGCAGCUCUCGCACGAGGAGCUUGACACGCAUCGCCACGGCGGUCCAUCGCGUACCUCGAGCGUCGACAGCUUUGGCCUUGACCACCAACAGCCCGAGUACUCGAGCAACAGCCCAGUGCUCUUUGGCGACGACAAAGAGCUUCACGACCCCAAUUUUGUUCGACACAACUGGGAGAUGAUGUCCGGUGAAGCAACCUUGGCUGAUAGUCAGUUGCACAUUGGAUGCGUUGCCUCUCCUCGCCUCACAAGCCGACGAAGCACGCUUUCCUCCCGAAUGAGCUCUCGAUCUUGUUCCCGCUCUGGUAGUGAUGCCGGUGGCCACCAGACUCGCACGUUCGGAUUCGGUGUCAAGGCCUUAUCUGGUCUUUCCAGCUAUGCUCACCCUGGAUCCCGUCGUCAGGGUUCUCGAUCGUCUCGCACGAAAGGAUUGCAAGUGGAAGGUUCUAUCUUGCGCGAUGAGGAGGCAAUCCUCUACAGCGACGAUGACUCGAGCGAUGAGGAUGAGGAUGAGGAUGAUGAGUACAGACACGAUCUCUACCCUUCUCGUCGUCUCGCGCUCUCUGGUCGUACCAGUGCUUUUUCGCACAACGUCCCUCCUUCUCCACGAGCAUUCUUGCAUCCUACUUGGGCAACUUCAAGGCCUCCUUCUCCCGUCCUGCCCCACGCUGAGGUGAACGCGUAUCACCGCCGUCGACACUGGACCGUAGCUGAAGGCAGUCGUGCUUGUAACGGAGCUAAGCUUGAUGCUAUGCCAGAUCAACUCGGUGGCCAUCCAGGCGCACUCAAGGAAAGGAGCUACUCUCAACCGGCAUAG